AGAAAGAUGGCGGGGGAAACUGCAAUGGAGCUGCUCUUUUUAGAUACGUUCAAGCAUCAAAGUGCUGAGUUGACAAAUGUGGAUGUUGUGCGGUUUCCAUAUGGUGUCUUGAUCACAGAAGUGCGGGUCAUUCCCCCUGGCAUCAAAGCACACAGCAACCUUCCUGACAGCAGAGCAUUUGGGGAGACGGCCCCUCAUGCAUUCCAGUUGGACCUGUUCUUCAACAAUGUGUCCAAACCCAACGCCCCAGCUUUUGACAGGCUGGGCAGCCUCGAGUAUGAUGAGAACAAAUCAAUCAUCUUCAAACCCAAUGGAAAGGUAAACACAGAUGGUUUAGUUCUGCGUGGAUGGUACACAUGCCUGACAUUGGCUGUGUAUGGCACAGCUGAUCGUCCCCACAGCCAUGAGCGGGAUUCUCCGCCCCCUCCUCCACCUCCUCCUCCCCAACAGCAACAGCCAGGCUCCAAGAGGAACAUUAAGCAUGAGUGGGACAAUGAAGAGCAAUACAAUGGCAGUCCACCCAGACCGCAGCCCAGAGGGCCACGGACACCACCAGGGCCUCCACCUCCAGACGAUGAUGAUGAGGAAGCUCUACCUGCACCUGGUCCAGUUAAUGAGGAGUGCAAAGAACAGGGUGAUGAUUACCUGGAGCCGGUAUCACCUGAGCGAGGAUCUCUUCCUGCUGAUGAGAACUACUCGGACGCUGAGCAGGAGGAUGAGGCUCCAGCUGUUGAUGAUGUUGAUGCACAGUCAGAGGGAAGUGAGGGGGAGGAAGAUGAUGAGGAAGAAGUGGGCGAUGAGAUGGAGGAUGAAGAUGGAGAAGGUGAUGAUGGGUAUGAGCAGAUCUCCAGUGACGAAGAAGAUUUGGAGAGUGGGGCUUUCAAGCUACCUGCCUUUGACCUGGACUACACAGCCGAGGACCUUGCCUCAUUACCAACUGUUCAAUACGAUCCAUAUGAACGGGAACUCCGACCCCUUCAGCACUUCACCCCACCGCACGUCACACAAUAUGAGGCUGAACUAAAACGCCUCAAAACGGUAGACAUCCAGGACUCUACCUCUCCAUGGGCGGAGUCUGCAGCUAAAUUAUCAGAACUGUUAGAGGCCUGGGAGGAAGGGCAGGGGGCGGAGCGAGGGGCAGGCUGGAUAACAGCAUUAGAGGAAAUUCCUGCCUCCCUUGUAAAAGGGAUGAGCUUCCUGUUUAUUAAAGACCCUCAUGGACAGAGAGAAAAGUUAAAGCGGUUAGUCGAAUGGAGUUGUGAAGCACUUAGUUUAGACUCUGCUCUGGCACAACCCAUAGCUCUGAAUCUACGCCAACUCAAAGCAGGAAGCAAACUAACCUCUGCCCUGGCCGAAUGUGGUGCACAGCCUGUGAAGGAUCUUCUGGAGAGAGGGAUUGUUGCAAGUCUGUUGGGCUUGCUGUUUGCAGAGCAUGUUUCAUCCACUCUGAAACUCUAUGUGCUGCGUUCCCUUGACAGCAUCAUCAGUGAGCCGCAGGGCAUUGAGACCCUGCUUAGAAACCAUCACCAUGACAAUGAAGGAACAAGUGGUUACCAGCGUCUGCUAGAUCUCUUUCUGUUGGACCAGACCGUACGUGUUGCAACGGCAGGUGCAGCCAUUUUACAAAAGGGACAUUUUUUUGAGGUUUUGACUGAUCUGCAGAGGACGGCAAGCGUUUGGGCUGAACGGCAUCAUGCAGGAGGGGAGAUGGGCGAAAGAGAGGGCAGUGAGAGGGAGAGAGACAGAGAAAGCAUGGCGAGGGACGGAGAUGAGAAAGAGAGGGAAACCCAGGAGGCAGAGCAGGAAAGCCCAAUGGACAUCGAUACUCUGCUGGAAUCUGCCUCUUUGUCAGAGGGUGACUUGGAGAGGCUGCAGGGUCUCCUAGAGGAACUGCUCCAUCUGCUGGAGACAGCACCUCACUGUAUGGUACAGCCACCGGGGAAAGCUUUUCCUACCAGUGCACGCAUCACAGGGCCACCAGAACGAGAUGAUCCCUACCCAACACUGUACAGAUACAUGCAUGCAUGCCACUUUCUGGAAUCCUUGGGAGUUGUUCUGUCGUAUUCGGCUACAUGUGCCCAUAUCGGAGUCCUGCAGUCUGUCAGAGAAUUGAUGCGCUUCUUGUCACAGUCUCAGCAGGGUCUUAUCUUCCUCCUCAGCCACCACGAACCUACCAACCUGCUGCUUCGUCUCCUCACUCCCCUUACACACCUUACUCCACCCGUUCACUUGGCUCCACUCAUACCCCUUUCAGAGGGUGAGGGUGAAGAUGUACCAGCAGGUGCAGAGGGAUCGAUGGAGGAUUGUUUUUGGGUGUGGCUUAUGCAAACUCUACAUGCACUGCAGGGUGUAGCUGAGCUGAAUGGGGCAGAGCUUGAAGAUGGUGAUAAUCCAGAUGUUUUGGCAAUACUUCACAGCCUGUAUCUCAUUAGCUUUAGCAGCACAGGCCGAAAUGCUGUCACACAUGCAUUUAGCUUGGAGAAUAACCUCAGCUGUCUGGUCAACCUGCUGGAGUUCCAUGCCAAAGAGGCCCUCGGAGAGGGCAAAGCAAGGAAGUCUGUGACAUAUAACUAUGCAUGCAUGCUUGUACUGCUCAUGGUUCAGACAUCAGUUGAUCUGAGGAUGAUGGAGCAUUAUGCCACUCCACUUCUUAGUCUUUGCAAAGCUGAUGAAAACAAUGCUAAGUUUCAGGAGCUGUCGAAGUGGUUGGAACCUCUUGAAAAAUUACAUUUUGACAUUAGUGGCAUCCCUACGCUUAUUGACUACAUAAAACAGAAUCUGGAGCACCUGAUGACAGCAGAGGGGGUGGGUCUUGUAACUUCUCUCAGAGUGUUGUGCCACAUUGUCUGUCCUCCACCUACUUUGCCAGGUCAGCAGAAAGACUUGAAGUGGAACCAGGCCAUAAUAGCCCUCUUCAGUGCAGAGGGAAUGGACACUUUUAUUAAAGUCCUCCAGAAGCUUGCAUCACUGCUGCUGCUGCCAUGGCGACUACAUGGGGCUAUAGGCCCCGCGGAACAACGACUCAUGGUGCUGUCAGUGGCCUCCUGCUCGCUGAGACUCAUUCGAGCCAUGUUAACAGAGCUGCUGUGUGGGGGAACCUGCGAGUUCCGUGACGCACGCGUGCCCUCCGUCUGUGUCACCCUUCACAAGAUUCUCUGCUCCACCCCGACAACCGGUCGCUUGGAUGCGGAGGAGCUACGUAUCCAGGGAGACAUGACUGAGAUUUUGUUAACAUUUACACAUGCAGUUAGCAAGCAGGAGGUGGGGUCAGAGGAGACUGUGGCAGGAAACAGCUGGUCUCUGAUGCUGAAGGAAGUGCUGAACUCUAUACUGGCUGCUCCAGAGAACAUCUACAGCAGCCUCAGUCUGCUGUCUGAACUGCUGCCUCUACCUCUGCCCAUGCAGACCACACAGGCACUUUCUGUGCAAGACAUUGGAGUUGCGAUGAACACAAGAAAGUUAUGGAGUGUGCAUUUACACGCUCAGGCCCAAGUGUUACAGGAAGUGCUGAGGUGCGUGUGUGGGAGCAGCUGUCCACCGCUCCUGUCCAUGCUCCGCCGGGUGUGCGUGCAGCUCUGUGAUCUCUCUGCACCCACUGCAACCCUGGUGAUGAGAACACUGCUGGAGCAGCUGCAGGAGGAGAUGCAACAAGAGGCAGCUGGCUCACGCUUGAUAAGGCUACUAGCCCUUGUCGACUCACUGGCAUCUCAACGUGCUUGCAAGACGGCCAUGUUGGCUCUUCUGGGUGGAUCUACACACAGUGAAGUGCGUAGUGAUGGGAAAGUGGAGGACAAACUUCCAGACCUUCUUUCCCCCCUGUUGGCAAUGCUUGUCCUUCCAGUAGAAGCCAGCCUAGCAGCACAGCAGAAAGCUGAAUUGACAGCUUCCAUCAUUCAGUCACUAUGUGAUCAGGAUGUGUCACUGGUCGUGAGUGGCUCGGGCGAGUCGUCUGUGUCUGAAUUAGAGCAGCUGGCCAACGCAUUGCCGACCAGAGACAUGCUGACGUGUAUAUGUGACGGAAUGUUGGAAGUGUUGGGAAAUACACACAGCACCUACACACUCCAGCUGACAUGUCUACGAACCAUGAUGUUUCUCACAGAGCAUGACUAUGGGCUUUAUCACCUGAAAAGCUCUCUGAACAAACACAGCUUGGCCAUUUCAUCUAAGAUCUGCAGAGAAACUGCCUUCUUUAAUAAAGAAUCAGCAGAGCUCCUUUCAGCCCUGUUUGACUUUUUGAGACAGAUCCUUAACACUGAAACUAUGGAUGAAGACAUAGACAGUCGCUCAUUGGCUCUUAGUGUGAGUGAUAUGAAACACCUGCUGCAGUGGAAGGAGGAAUCAGGGGAGCAUCCAUUACCAGAACUGGAAAAACAUAUCACGGAGCUCUGCAAAGAAGAUCAGUCUUUGGAGACUCUGCUCGAGAAUGUGGCUGGACUGCGACAGAUUAUAGAAAGUUCUGGAGAAGCCCCUACUAAUGCAGAGCCUGAAACUGAGCCUACUCUGCCUCUGCCAGAGCCACUCCAGACACAGUUCAACCACAGGACAGUUUAUGUUCUUUCUGAUGUCUUGGACGAGCAGUUGAAGGCUCUGUGGUUCUCUCCAUUCCAGUCAGAUGAGAUGGAAACAGAAGUAGACAUGGUGAAAGUAGACCUAGUUGCACUGGCCCAGCAGUGUUGUCCAGACUUGGAUCUGAAGGCGGAGUUAGAACGGUCUUUCCUCUGUGAACCUGCUUCCCCAGGGCACAGCAAACCAACCAAAGGCUUCAGACUGGGCAAGCACAAACAUGAGACUUUCAUCACAUCUAGUGGCAAGUCAGAUUAUAUGGAGCCUGCAAAACGAGCUCAUAUCAUGGCAGCCCCUCGAGGUCGGGGUCGUGGUGCAUUUGGCCAGCUCUGUCGGCCACAUGACAUUUUCCGUCAGCGCAAGCAGAACACCAGUCGUCCUCCUUCCAUGCAUGUGGACGAUUUCCUUGCUGCAGAGUUCAAGGAUCCGCCCACUGGCCUUGCCAUGCCCAAACGACCUCCGAAAGGGGGUGGAGGAGGAGGAGGAGGAGCCAAGCCUCCAACCAGAGGCUUGUUUACUGGAGGAACCAGAGGGAGGGGCUUCCAAAGCCAUACCCGCUUCUUCACGCCACCAGCUCCCAAAGGUGUUCUGCUUUCUGGUAACUACCCUCGCCGUGAGGUUGGACGUGGCUCUGCCUGGAGCACUCCAGUGACAUCCAUCACUCACAGAGGGACAUACAGUGAACCUCGCGGAGGACAAAGCAACUUCACACGACCAUUACCCUCCAGACAACCACCUGCAGGUGCAUACCGGUUGGCUCCUCGAGACAGAGCCACCAGAGGUAGAGGCACUAAUCUGUCCUGGAUGAGUGGUGGUGGAGUUAAUAUGGGAGGAGUAAGCGGCGGAGGACGUGGUCAAGGGAAGUUCAGCAGUGGAGGUGGGCGGGGCCGGCAUGUCCGCUCAUUCACUCGCUAGAUGCUGUCAUGAGCAAAACAAACUUAGCCAUCAGGCGCUAAAGGACCAAUCAGGAUGUGGAUUUGCUUUGUCUUUUGCAACCAUUGGCUGAUAUUGUUGUCAUUGUCAUGUUUUGUGUUUUUCUCAAUUUUUUUUAAACUGUUUAAAUGAUUAAAUUUUUGUGAGUAUAUAUUUGAGUGUAUUUUCAUAUAAAAAUCCACAGUGUAACUUGAGUUUUAAGAAAAUGAUUUUAAUAUCAACCUUACAGAGAAUGGACACAGCUAAAUGCUGUUUUUUUUUUCUUCCAAAUGUUGAGACAUUACUCUUGAACCCUAAAACAUAAUUCAACAAUAUACUAACUUGGGAUUGUUCAAAUGUAACAUGUCAAACUCUUUUACUACACAAUUUGGUUCAUCCACUCAAUUCAAUUUAGUUCAGAGGAUCUACAAUUAUGGGGCUUCUUAAAGGUGCACUCAGUAAUUUUUUACAUUGUGUUUGUCAUUUUAAAAGUCAUCUUGGAAUUAUACUGACACUUAGCAGCAUGGAUGCAGCAACAUGUUAAAGUUAUGAGUUGCAGAUACCAUUAUAAAAAUGCAUUAUUCACAGCCAUGAUUCAUUCCAUAAAUCCCGAAAGUGUCACAAAAUGGGGGAGUUACAGAAGUAGAGUGAGUGGGCUUUGAUGCGAUGGAAGAAAGGUUCCAUCCGUUGUUCCUCGCAGGCUAAUUUGCCAAACCGUAGCACGUCUGUACCAUGGGCAAAAAUUAGAGAUUGCACCUUUAAGAGUGAGGAGUUGGGAAUAAGUAAUGUUGGGUAGUGAUGUUUAUUUGCAUUAACCUGCAUAAAGCUCAAUCGUCCUUAUUGUUCUCCCUG